ACCAAAAAGGAAUAUGCGUUUGAUAUACCUUCCAAAAGCAAAGCAGUCGUGACCAAUCGGUGCAACCUCAAAGUUGUCAGUGAAGUAUUUGACAACCUAGACAAAGCACAUAAAGAUCGAUUUGUAGAGUCUUGCUUCCGGCCACUAGUAAAUAUUCCCGAGCUCAUAUUGUCCUCGCAAAUAGUCCACCAAGUACUUCGUAGAACAUUGAAAGUGUCUGAAAAUGACAAAGAUGUCGUGUGGUUCAGAUUUGGGGAAAACGAAGCUAGAUUCGGUUCGCUUUUGCGUGCUGGGAAGAAUGUUGAAGGCGUAGAUCAAUCUCGGAUUAGUGCUUGGCGUGUAAAACUAGCGGCUGAAAUAUUUGGUGCUCAUUUUGAUCCAUAUUGUCUUUCUUCUCUUCUUUUAGGAACGGAAAUGGAGUUAGCGUUCGAUAUACCUUCGACAUGCUCAGGAGUCGUGACCAAUAGGUGCGACCUCAAGGUUGUCGAUCAUGUAUUUAAGAAUCUAGAUGAUGUACAUAAAGCUCUAUUUGUGAAAUCAUGCUUCCGGCCACUAGUGCACAUUUCCAAUUUGAAAUUGGCGUCUCAAAUAAUCCACCACCUUCUUCAAAGGACCUUGAAAUCAUCCGAGAACGAAAAAGACGCCGUGUGGUUCAAAUUUGGAGAAAAAAAAGCUAGAUUCGGGUUACAAGAAUUUUCUCUUGUAAGCGGAUUCAAGAUUGUGCAUGAUGUGGCAUCAUAUGAGGUCCCGGAAAGAAGUAGUUCGCUUUUGCAUUUAUUCAAAGGGAAGCGAGGGAAGCUAACAAAGAAAGACUUGCUCAAUAAAUUUGAUGAUUUGGUAAAGAAGGAGAAAGAUGCAGAUUUGAUAUACAAAUUGGGGCUUCUCACGGUCCUGGAGCAUUUGGUUUUUUCUAACGAGUGUUGGACUCUUGUGGAUGAAAAAUGGUUUCAUCUCGUUGAAAAUUUGGAUGAGUUCAAUAGCUAUCCUUGGCGGAACUUGUCAUACGAGUACACCGUAAAGUUGUUCAAGCGGAAGAGGUUUGAUAUUAAAAAAAAUAAAGAGAUGAAGUAUUCUUUGCAUGGAUUUCCCCUAGCCAUCAUGGUUUGGGCAUUUGAGGCACUGCCUGAGGUUGGAAGAAAAUUUGCUGAAACUUGUGGUGGGGGUGCCAGACGUCCGAGAAUUUUGUCUUGGAAAAUGAAAAAACAGUGGCGAAGCGAGCAACUUAGUACGUUUUUCAACACGUCAGAGGAAUUUCGUAUUGUCCCUGAAGAUGAGGAAGAAGAAGAAGAAGAAGAAGAAAAAGAAGAAAAUGAGGAUGGAGAUGAUGAGGAAGACGAGGAAGAGGAAGAAGAUAAAAAUGAUGCAUCUCAGUCUGAUCCACCACAACCGCAAGUUUUUGGUGCUGAAAAGAUUUCAGCUAUAGUCAGUGAGGUUGUGAAGGAUGAGAUGAGAUUAUUUUCUAAGCAAAUGGAAAUGAAGAUGGACAAGUUUUCUGAGCGAAUGGAAAUAAAGAUGGACAAAUAUAUUGGCUUGGAAAUGAGGGCAAAAGAUAAAGUUGUCUUGGUCGAAGACAAAUUUUCUGAUGAGGCUGUCUCACCAAAGAAGAAUGAACAUGGAUUCGAUACCGUAUUGAUUGUUUUCUUGCCUAUUGUGGGUGUUGUGACCGAACCGUCAUCAACAAUGUUCCAAGAACGACCUAUGGAGAUCGAAGAAACCGAUGAAGAUGAUGCACCCGAGUCUCCUAAGGGAAAAGGGCACCGGAAGAAAAGAAAGGCCGCCGUCCUACUUACUCCGUGGAGGAAUCCCGGAAAAAGACAAAAAAUUCCAAAUGUGACGGAGUACGACCCUGAUAGGACACUGGAUGAAGCUAAACUUAAGGAUUUAAGGCGGUGGUUGGCGAACUCCCCUGAAAGACAAGAUUGUGUCAUCUUUGACCCGCAUCUCGUCUCUUAUGUGAGAAUGUUCUUUAAAGACGCGUCAAAAGUUGAAAGCUUUGAUAGGACAAAUUUUCCAAAGGCAUUAGUUAACUACGCCGAAGGGAAAUUACCCACUCAUGCAAAGUCGUGGACUAGUUGUACAAGAUUGUAUGUUCCCUUUUGCACUGAGAAUAAUGAUCAUUGGGUAGCACUCGAUAUUGAUCUCUCCAAAAGAUGCAUUGACGCAUAUGAUAGUUCAACGAGUGUCAUGCGGAAGCAACAAUUUGAAACGGAAUUGAAGCCCAUUCGAGUUGUCGUACCUAUGCUAAUGAGGAUGUUGAAUGCUACCUACAGUGCAGAAAAAUUUGAUUUGAAACGAUUACCAUGUCCUAGCCAAGCAAAUGGGUUUGACUGUGGGACGUUUACAAUCAAGUUCAUCGAGUUUUUGCAUGCUGGGAAGGAUGUUAAAGGCGUAGAGCAAAAAUUUAUUCCCUCUUGGCGUAUCAAACUAGCAGCUGAAAUUUUUGCACAGCAUUUUGAUCCUUAG